UUUCCAGAAAGCUAUUAGUAUAAAAUUUGAAGCAUAAUGUUUAUAACAUAGAAGUGCUGGUGUUUGAAUUCGGUGUUUCGUUAUAACGCGGCAGCUAGUCAUUUUCCACCGGAAAAAGUGAAAUAUAUAUAUAUAAAAAUGAAAACAGAAUUAAUUUUAUUUAUCAAAGUGGACGUCCACAUGAAUUUAAAGUGUUCGCGAUAGGCGUGACGUUAUUAGAAACAUUAAAAAAGAACAACAGACAAAAAAAUGUUCCAAAAAUAGCCACAAUGUUACAAGUAAAACGUGGUAUCACUGUACAUCCGGAAAACGUGCGAGGAGUAUUACGUAUGCAACGAGCAGAUAAUCAGAUAGCAUUUAUGAUAAAAUUGAUACAUAUGUGAGAAAUCAGUAUAAAUAUUAUCGUUUAUUGUGAAAAUAUAUACAUCAUGCAAGUUCUAAUAUUUUUUUGUUAUAUUACAUUUUUGUGGAAUAUUGUUGUACAAUGUGGAUCUUUAAGAGAUCAUUAUUUUGUAAUAGAAAAAAGUAAUACAGAAGAAUAUGAAUUAUCAUCUCGCAAUAUAGGCCAACUUAAAUAUGAUCCUACUUGGAAUAGUUUAGAUGCUCGACCUCUUCCUGAUUGGUACGAUAAUGCCAAAUUUGGAAUAUUUAUUCAUUGGGGAGUGUUUAGUGUCCCUAGCUUCGGUUCAGAAUGGUUUUGGAAUAAUUGGAAAGAAGAAACUGGUACUAAAUAUCAUGAUUUCAUGAAGCAACGAUAUCCACCUAAUUACACUUAUCAAGACUUUGCGCAUGAUUUUACUGCAGAAUUUUUUAAUGCAUCUCAAUGGAGCGAAAUGUUUGAAGCUUCAGGUGCAAAAUAUGUGGUAUUGACUAGUAAACAUCAUGAAGGAUAUACGCUGUGGCCAUCAAAAUAUUCCUUCAGUUGGAAUUCCAUAGAUAUUGGACCACAGAAAAAUCUCAUAGGUGAAUUGGCAGCAGCGUUAAGAUCAUCCACCGAUAUCAAAUUUGGAUUAUAUCAUUCUUUAUACGAGUGGUAUAAUCCUAUGUAUCUUGCUGACAAACAAAAUAAUUUUACAACAGAUCUUUUCGUUACGCAGAAAAUAAUUCCCGAAAUGCAUGAGCUUAUAGAAAUGUUCAAACCAGAAAUUAUUUGGUCAGAUGGUGAUUGGGAAGCUACCGAUUCUUAUUGGAAAUCAAAAGAAUUUUUAUCCUGGUUAUAUAAUGAAAGUCCUGUAAAAGAAACAGUUGUUGUAAAUGAUAGAUGGGGUAAAAAUAUUCCAUGUCAUCAUGGUGAUUUUUACACGUGUACCGAUCGUUUUAAUCCUGGAGUACUUCUUCCACAUAAAUGGGAGAAUUGUAUGACUAUCGAUAAAAAGUCUUGGGGCUUUCGUAGAAAUGCUGCUUUAGCAGAUUAUUUUACACUUAAUGAAUUAGUAAAAGAAUUGGUAACUACAGUAAGUUGUGGUGGAAAUUUAUUGAUGAAUGUUGGUCCAACUAAGGAUGGUAUUAUUUCUCCAAUAUUUGAAGAAAGAUUACGUGGAAUAGGUUCUUGGCUAAAAAUAAACGGUGAAGCUAUUUAUAAUACUAAACCAUGGAAAAUACAGAAUGAUACAUUAACAAGUAAUGUAUGGUAUACACAAAGUAAAGAUGAAAAAAGACUUUAUAUACUAAUUUUAGAAUGGCCAAAAGAAAGUAUAUUAUCUCUGGGUUCCUUACAAGUCCCAAAUAAUACCCAUGUAUCAUUGCUUGGCUUUAUAAAACAUCUUGAUUGGAAGCAAUCUGCAACUAAAUUCGUUGUGCAGUUACCAUAUGAAGCUCACAAAGGUGAACCAGGAUGGGUACUAAAAGUUGAACAGGAAUAAAAAAGUUAUAAUGCAGAUUUCUUUUAAAUAAUUUACAUAUGUAUUUAUUUCAUCAAAUUUUAUGUAAAUUUAUAUAUGAAUUAGAUAAAAAGCCUCUUUCCAUCACUUUUAUUUAUACAAUUAAAAUCUUGUA